AGGACAUGGAUGAAGAGGCCACCUGCUCCAUCUGCCUGGAGCUCUUGACAGAGCCAGUCACCAUAGAGUGUGGACACAACUUCUGCCGAGCCUGCAUUACCCUGUACUGUAAGGACACUGUCCAUGUCUCAGGCAAUGCCAUCCCCUGUCCCAGCUGCAGAGCAGGGUUUCAGAGAGGGAGCUUCCAGCUUAACACUCAGCUCAAAAACCUGGUAGAGAAGAUUAAAGAGCAGAGUCUGAAACCAGGAAAGGAGCAGAUGGUAAAUCAGUGUGUGGAGCAUGAAGAGAAACUCAAGCUCUUCUGCGAGGAGGAUGGAGAAGCCAUCUGUGUUAUCUGCAGGGAGUCCCAGGCUCACCAUGGUCACAAAGUGCUCCCCAUUCAGGAGGCUGCCAACAAUUACAAGCUGUCCCAGGGGCUCUGGGCACCACAGCAGUGUUUUGGUUUCGGACUAAUACCAACUCCAUGCCCUCACUCUGCCAGUGCAAGGUUGAAAGUGGAGAUCGCAGCUCACACUUGUUGUUAUUGCUUAUUCUCGAAGAACACCGUAAAGCAACAGAGAGAGAGAAUCAAGUCUGAGUGCGAGAAGCCGCGUCGCUUUGUGAGUGAGGAGGAGCAGCUGCUUCUGCAGAGGCUGGAGGAGGAGGAGAGGGAGAUGCUGCAGAGCCUGGAGGAGAAUGUAGCCCAACUCUCCAAGCAAAGCUCCUCUCUGCACAAGCUGAUCUCAGAGAUAGAGGAGAAGAGUCUGCAGACACCUACUGAGCUGCUGAAGGACCUGACUCUGGACCCAGGCACAGCUCAUCCCAAACUCGUCCUGUCUAAGGAUUGGAAAUGUGUGAGAUGUGGAGACAAACAACAGGAUCUGCCCGACACCCCUGAGAGAUUUGAUACUUCUGUCUGUGUCCUGGGCUCCGAGGGGUUCACGGGCAGGAGGCACUACUGGGAGGUGGAGGUGGGAGACAAGACAGGCUGGGACCUGGACGUGUGCAGGGAAUCUGUGCACAGGAAGGGGAAGGUCCGACUGAGACCAGGCAAUGGAUACUGGGCCGUGUGGCUGCGGGAUGGGGGAUACGAGGCCCUCACCUACCCCCCAACCCCCCUCACCAUGCACGUGCGGCCCAGGCAGGUGGGGGUUUUCCUGGACUACGAGGCGGGCAAGGUCUCAUUUUACAACAUGACUGACAAGUCCCAUCUCUUCACUUUUACGGAUACUUUCUCUGGGACCCUAUGCCCAUAUUUCUAUACUGGUUACAACGUGGCUCCCCUGAUCCUGUGCCCGGUCCCAGCUCAGCCCUGAGGGAAUCCCUGUCACUGGCAUGACACGUGGGGUGCAGACUGUCCCCUCCCAGCGCCACCCAAGU